AUGAGUACCAAUGUUAGUGGAGAGGAAGGUAUAGUAAAAUACAAAGUAUGGGAUGCUAUGCUCGAAUCUCUCUCCUUUUCUACAAAAAACAUCUCUUUCAGAAAAUUUCGUUAUGGAGGAAUGCGUGUUCGGAUAAAAGGCGUAAAGUUCGUCGCUAGUACGAAUUUAGAACUGGAAGUUCGAUUAUGGAUAACAACUCUCAAGCUCAGCGGCAAAGUAUUGAUAUUCUCUGAUAAUAUAAGAGUUGAUGUCGCCUUUAUUUGGACAAACUUCACAAUCGCUUCAAAAAUCCGUAUGGGUACUAAUAUCAGACUACUCUUUACUGGUAGCUUAUAUUACUUCAACUUGGUGGAGCCAAUGCUCCGAAAUAUAAUCAAGAAGAACAUGGAGGAGCAGAUCAAAAAAUUUUUGGAAAGUGAGGUUAAUCCCUAUCUCCAGCAACUGAAAAAAAUGGUGGCCGAUGCCGGUCUUUCUUUUCUGUUCAAAGAAACAAUCAAGUGGGCGCUGCACAAUGAUACUCUUCAAGUUAUGUUGAAUUCCAAGAGGUAA